GGAGCGCGGCCCUGGGGGCCGCCCGGCGCCGGGAGCGCGGCCGGGAGUUUUGACGUGGCAGUUGCCAGCCGGGCUGAAGUCCGCGCGCCGCCAGCCAGUGGGGACAGCCGCCCGCGAAGGUGCGAGGCGAGUAGCGGGAGCCGGGGCGCCGGGCGCGGGCACCGGGAGCAGAGCCGGGCAGCGGCGGGUGACGCAGGGUUCUCUCGGGGAAGCCCCUCUUGGAAUGCGAUCUUCACCAUGAGCCAGCAAGGGUACGUGGCGACGCCGCCCUACUCCCAGCCGCAGGCGGGGAUGGGCCUUUCUCCACCGCACUACGGCCACUACGGGGACCCGGCUCCCGCAGGCGCUCCGCCAGGCAUGACGAAGCCAGCUGGGCCUUUGGGGGCUGCCCCCGGGGCGGUGCUGCCCCAGGGCCCCCCGCCUCCUGGACCCCUCCCGCUGGGCCAGAACGGAGCUCACGCCCAGGGUCUCCUUCCCCAGAGGUUCCCAGCUCCUCCGCCCGCGAGCAGCGCAGCACCGGCCUACGCCCAGUACGCGCCCACCGCGCCACCGUCGUACCCGAGCCCCGCGGCCGCCUCGCCGGCCUCCCAGCUGGGCGCGCAGCUCCAGGCCAUGCACGUCGGCGGCGGUUCGGGCAUGGCGCCCCCCGGCCAGGGCCCUCCCCGACCCCCGCAGCCGGCCAUCCUGCAGCCCGGGUCGCAGGUCCUCCCGCCGCCGCCCACUGCACUGAAUGGCCCUGGCAGCCCCCCCUUGGCCCCCCCGGGGCACAGGCAGGGUGGGCUCCCUGGGCCCGCCCCUCCCAGUGCCCAGCUCCAGCCCCCGCCCCUGCCGGGACAGAGCCCGGGCUCCGGAUACGCCCCGCAGCAGGCCAACUACGGCCCCCCGAUGCCAGGGCCACAGCUCGCCUACCCGGGGGGCUUCCCCUCGGGGCCCGCGCAGAUGGCCGGCCCGCCUGCACCCCAGAGGAAGCUGGACCCCGACGCUGUGCCCAGCCCAAUCCAGGUGAUCGAGAAUGACCGUGCCACCAGAGGGGGACAAGUGUACAUCACCGGCACCCGAGGCCAGGUCCCUCCGCUGGUCACCACGGACUAUGUGGUGCAGGACCAAGGCAACGCCAGCCCGCGCUACAUCCGCUGCACCACGUACUGCUUCCCCAGCACGUCGGACAUGGCCAAGCAGGCCCAGGUGCCCUUGGCCGCGGUCAUCACGCCCUUCGCCUCGGUCCCUCCGAACGAGGGCCCCCUGUACCUGGUGAAUCACGGAGAGACCGGCCCGGUCCGGUGCAACCGGUGCAAGGCCUACAUGUGCCCCUUCAUGCAGUUCAUCGAGGGAGGGCGGCGCUACCAGUGCGGCUUCUGCAGCUGCGUGAACGACGUCCCUCCCUUCUACUUCCAACACCUGGACCACAUGGGCCGGCGGCUGGACUACCACGAGAAGCCGGAGCUGUCCCUGGGGUCCUACGAGUACGUGGCCACUCUGGACUACUGCCGGAAGAAUAAGCCCCCCAGCGCCCCCGCCUUCAUCUUCAUGAUCGACGUCUCCUACAGCAACGUCCAGAGCGGCCUGGUGAAGCUCAUCUGCGAGGAGCUGAAGACGGUGCUGGAGAGGCUGCCCAAGGACGAGCAGGAGGAGGCGUCCGCCGUGCGCGUGGGUUUCGUCACCUACAACAAAGCGCUGCACUUCUUCAACGUCAAGAGCAGCCUGGCGCAGCCGCAGAUGCUGGUGGUGACCGACGUGGGCGAGGUCUUCGUGCCCCUGCUGGACGGGUUCCUCGUCAGCUACCAGGAGUCCCAGCCCGUGGUUCACAACCUGCUGGACCAGAUCCCCGAGAUGUUCGCCGACUCCGGCGAGAACGAGACGGUCUUCGCCCCCGUGGUGCAGGCCGGCAUGGAGGCGCUGAAGGCCGCAGAGUGCCCCGGGAAGCUGUUCAUCUUCCACUCCUCCUUGCCCACGGCGGAGGCGCCAGGGAAGCUCAAGAACAGGGACGACAAGAAGCUGAUUAACACGGACAAGGAGAAGACGCUGUUCCAGCCCCAGAGCAGUGUCUACGACGCGCUGGCCCGGGACUGCGUGGCGCAUGGCUGCUGCGUGACGCUCUUCCUCUUCCCCAGCCAGUACGUGGACGUGGCCUCCGUGGGCCUCGUGCCGCAGCUCACGGGGGGGACCCUCUACAAGUACAGCAAGUUCCAGGUGCACCUGGACAGCCCGCAGUUCCUGAGUGACCUCCGCAACGAGGUGGAGAAGAAGAUCGGCUUCGACGCCAUCAUGCGGGUCCGCACCAGCACAGGCUUCCGCGCCACGGACUUCCUGGGCGGGAUCUACAUGAACAACACCACGGACGUGGAGAUGGCGGCCGUGGACUGCGACAAGGCGGUGACCGUGGAGUUCAAGCACGACGACAAGCUCGGGGAGGACACCGGGGCACUGAUCCAGUGCGCGGUGCUCUACACCACGGCCGGCGGGCAGAGGCGGCUGCGCAUCCACAACCUGGCGCUGAGCUGCAGCUCGCAGCUGGCCGAGCUCUACAGGAGCUGCGAGACAGACGCCCUGGUCAACUUCUUCGCCAAGUCGGCGUUCAAGGCCGUCCUGCAGCAGCCCGUGAAGCUCGUCCGGGAGAUCCUGGUGAACCAGACCGCCCACAUGCUGGCCUGCUACCGCAAGCACUGCGCCAGCCCGUCGGCCGCCAGCCAGCUGAUCCUGCCGGACUCCAUGAAGGUCCUGCCCGUGUACAUGAACUCGCUGCUCAAGAGCUGCGUGCUGCUCAGCAGGCCCGACGUGCCCACGGACGAGCGGGCCUUCCAGAGGCAGCUGGUCAUGACCAUGGGCGUGGCCGACUCGCAGCUCUUCUUCUACCCGCAGCUCCUGCCCAUCCACACGAUGGACGUCAAGAGCACGGCGCUGCCCCCCGCGGUGCGCUGCUCCGAGUCGCGCCUCUCGGAGGACGGGGUCUUCCUGCUGGCCAACGGCCUGAGCAUGUUCCUGUGGCUGGGGGCCAGCAGCCCGCCGGAGCUGGUGCAGGGCAUCUUCAACGUGCCGUCCCUGGCGCACGUCAACACGUACAUGACCUCGCUGCCCGAGGUGGGCAGCCCGCACGCGCGCUCGCUCCGAGUCGUCAUGGGCAUCCUGCAGCACAAGAGGCCGUACUCGAUGCGGCUCACGAUCGUGAAGCAGCGAGAGCAGCCCGAGGUGGCCUUCCGGCAGCUGCUGGUGGAGGACAAGGGCCUGGACGGCGGCUCGUCCUACGUGGACUUCCUGUGCUGCGUGCACAAGGCCGUCUGCCAGCUGCUCAACUGACGGCCCCCGCGUGGGGGUCCCUCGGGGACCGCCCACCCCUUCUCAGUGCCUCUCCUCCAGGCGACGGACCGCAGGCUGCCUCCGAGUCCGAGUCCAAGACCUCCGGGCCGGCCUCCGCUUCCCCCUGUGGUGCCCGGGGGCUGAAGCCCGCGGAGGGGCCGCUGCCCCGCGAGGGACCCGCCGGCCCUGACCGCACCGCCGCCCCGAGCACCAGGGCCGUUUACAGACUGCACCCCCCCGCCCCCAGGUCUCUUUCUACGUGCCGGGCGUGUAAAUUAUUUUUCAAAAUGUAUAGAUUUGGGAUGAAGUUUUCUUGAUUCCUCUCCCAUUUU